UUCCAAAAACCGUAGCGCAGAUCGCAGCCAUGAACAACCUCAUGACAAGAUCUUUCCUCAGUUAUGCGGACCUGAAGAAGGAGGCGAUGAAGGACCUAGAGUCUGGCGGUGGAGACGAGAACCAGGUUGAAAUACAAAUGAGCAAGCCAGAAGAAAGCCUCCGCAUAUUCUUCGAAGAGGCGGAGCUGGUAGAGGAAGAAAUGACGUACAUUCGCGAGCUUCUCGCUCUUCUCAAGGCCGCCAACGAGGAGAGUAAAUCAGCCCACAAGCCAGAUGUGUCGCGUGCCGUGCGCGACCGCAUCAACAGCCACAUCUUGGAGGUUCUCAAAACCGCCCGACGUAUCCGAGGGCAACUCGAAGGCAUGGACCGCUCCAAUGCCGCCAAUCGCCGUCUCUCCGACUGCCGCGAGGGAACAGCCAUCGAUCGGACCCGGACUUUGGCGACCAAUGGGCUCCGAAAGAAGCUCAAGGAGCUAAUGACCGAUUUUCAGAGUUUAAGACAGAAGAUGAUGGCUGAUUACAGGGAGGAGGUGGAGCGCCGUUACUUCACUCUAACAGGGGAGGUACCACCGGAGGAGGUCGUGGAGAAGAUUAUUUCCGAGGGGAAGAGCGAGGAGCUGCUAAAGACAGCCAUCUGUUCAAGUGGGCGGGGCAUGAUAACUGAGGCGUUAAGUGAGAUCCAGGAUAGGCACGAUGCGGCUAAAGUUGUGGAAAAGAGCCUGCUUGAACUCCACCAGUUAUUCUUGGACAUGGCGGUGAUAGUUGAGGUACAGGGUGAGAAGUUGGAUAAUAUAGAACACCAUGUCUCGAACGCCUCUCACUACAUCAAGGGAGGGACCAAGGAGCUCAACCAUGCUAAGAUAUACCAAAGGAGUAGCCGCAAAUGGUUCUGCCUCGCCAUUCUUCUUCUUCUUGUCCUUGUGCUGCUCAUUGUUAUCCCAAUCGCCACCAGCCUGAGCAAGUCAUGAGUACCUUACUCUUGCUUGGUUAAUGUCGUAGCAUUUUACUGAAAUUCUGAGUACUAUGAUAGAUGUGUUGUUUCUGCAUUCUUUUGCUAAAUUAGUGUGGCUAUUCUGCUUCUCCCUGAAACGAUGUAUCUGUUGCUGCCUUCGGCAGAUACGCGAUUCUUAGCUGUUGUGCUUCUCC